AUGCAUGAACAGCCCAGUGCCCAGCAGCAAGAGAGCAGCGACAAUACACAACACCAGAACGGCGCAGAACCAGCCCAGCCUAAUCAAAACCAUUCUCAGUAUCAAGACUCAUAUGUCGUCCCUGCGUCUCAACAGCCCGUUGAACAAGAUUUUAAUUAUCGCACCAACAUCACUGUCCAGUCGCAGCAACGCCAAUGGCCACAGGAGAUGUGGUACCAUGGUCCAACCCACCGUGUGCUCUACCGCAUUGACUUGGUAUUGCAUGAGCCGGGGUAUCAAAACACUCCACCACAAGACACUGCCCCUGCCCAGAACACUGAGCAAAACACUCACGGAGGUGGGACCAACGGUUGUUCUUCAGCAUGA